GUUGCCAUGAAACCUUCGAAAACAAUAUGGCCGACAGAGUACCUGCGUAGACAUUCUUUGAUGCCUGCUAACUGAUUAUGGUUAUGAAUUAAAUUUAUUAAUGUGCACCACAAUUGGAAAAUGAAGAUGGAUCAAAGACUGCUAAACCCAGCUGUUGAAGUAGAAAAAUUCUCUAAACUUGGUACUCAAGAUCUUCAAAACAACCACCCAGAGAGAGCACUAGAGUCGUUCAAGUAUGCCUUCAAACGUUCAAGAGAACUGGAGGAUGAUGGUUAUACAGAACGAGCUUGUGCAUUCAACUUAGGUGCUGUCUACAUUGCCUUAGGGAAUGGCAAGAAGGGAAUUGAAAUCCUGAACAAAGCGCUUCCCCCAGACAAUACCAGAGAGGGAAGGUCAAAUGGGGACCUAUUCUUCAACCUAGGACUUGGGUACGAGAAUGUGGGAAAUUCAGAGGAGGCAGUCAGAAAUUUCAAAAAGGCUUUGGAGGAGUAUAAAGUAGAGAGGGAUAAUGUCCAGAUGGAGGCUGAAACUCUGGAGAAGCUAGGGCAGCUGUAUCUCAAGACCAAGAACAGGUUUGCUGUGGAUACUUUUGAUCAAUUAGCUCAGGCGUAUGAUAUCUUAAAGAACCCAGCAAAGCAAUUAUGGGCUCUGACAGAAAAGGCAAAUCAGCAGUUUGCAAACAGUUUGGAAGAGGAGGCAGAAAAAUCUGCAGAGGAGUGUCUAAAGCUAGUUGAAAAUUGUGGAUCAUCUGUGAACAUUGGUACAAUCCUCAAUGAUUUAGGACUGAUAUUCACCCAGAGACAAAAGUAUGACAGAGCAGUGUCCUGCUUUGAGUCGGCUCUCCCUAUGGUGGAGGGACCAUCAGGAGAUGGCAAGCAACUGGCUGUCAUCUUCCAGAACCUGGGGGCCACCUUCAACUUCCUUGGGAAUUACCAAAGGGCGGUGGAGUACCAUGAAAAAGCUGCAGAUAUGUAUGCUAAAUUGCGCAACAGAACCAGUCAAGGACAAUGCUUCGCAAACAUGGCUUUUGCAUACAGUCAGCUUGGAGACAUCCAUAAUGCUGGAGAGGCCUUUCUUCAUGCUUUUCAAGCAGCAAAAGAUUCAGAUGAUAAGAGGACUCAAUGGCAAGUGUGUGAAGGACUUGGGGCUGUCUGGUUUAACCAGAAGAACAUCAAGAAAGCAGUGGAGUACUUUCAGAAAGCCCUGACCUUGGUAGCAUCAUCAGAGCCCUCCAAAACGGUGGCACAGAACAGAAUUGUGGCCAAGAUAACACUGGCUCUACAGACCCAGGUCCAGAAGGAGAGUGCUCCAGUUGUAGAGAAGGUAAAUCGUGGUGAGGCCAAAAUUAUUCGGAGAACUCCAGUGAAAGAGUCAUUCAUAAAGAAGGAAGUAGCCGUUCCUGUACAAUCCAGCCCCAUGGCUGCAGUUGGAUCUUCUCCUAAACAUGAAAGAUUUAGCACCCCAAAACACAAGGCUAAACAUGUCAGCUAUGGGUUUGUACCAGUGGCAAGGAAGGGCUCAUCACUGCGGUAUGAGAAGGUAGCCAGAGGCUUGAGCAAGGACACCAUUAUAACAGACACAUUCAGAUCAAGCACAAGGAGCUCCAUGAUUGACAUUGAAUCAGAAUCAGAAGAAGAUUCAGAGGAGGAGGCAGAAGAGGAGGAGGAGGAGGAAGAAGACUUUGACAUUGACAAGACCAUUCAUCAAACUGAGACACCCAAAAUCAUGCGAGGGAGGGAUGAGAGCAGGGCUAGCUCCAACAGUAUAAAGAAUACAAGCAGACGGCAAAGUGUAAAAGCAGCUCAAGUUCAAGGUCUCCACAAUGUUUCAACAGAAAGCUCAGAUUCAUCAGAAUCUGAGGAAGACACAGCGAGAAAGGAGGAAGAUGAAGAUGAUCAAACAGCAGUCAAAGAAGCAAUGAAAAAACAGCUCCACAGCCAGGGGAGCUCGGACAGUGACUCGGAUAGCACUCCUCAGACAAUCAGAAGUUUCAAAAAAAGGCAAGAUGAAGAAGAAAGUGACCCUGAUAGCUCAGAGGAUGAGGCUCCUCCACUUCCAACUCAGUCCCCUCCUGUGACUACUAAACCACUGGCAGGUACAUACGAGUCGCCAGGGAAGGUGCAGGAAAAGAGAAUUCAUUACGCAGAUGUGGAACACUCUAAAUCUCCCAGACCAGGAGGUAAAAAGCUUGUCAAGCAUCCUGAUCAUAGCUCUCAUCAUCCUAAUUUCUUGAGUGAUCAAGUAGAUAGCACCAGUAGCUCAGAGGGAAGCAAUGAUGAUGAUGAUGAUGACGAUGAUGAAAAUGAUGAUGAAGUCGGUCAAUCCCUGGUUAAGAAAAGUGGGGGCUUGCAGGCUAGUGGGACAUAUCAUGAAAUAGAAAUGGGUACAAUGCAAGGUCAAGGUUCACCUGAGGACGACGACCCUCUGUACCAGUCCAUUCCUGCCAGGACUGACUCUGCAAGAUCACGUGAAUCUUUAAGAUCACGUGAAUUCGAGAUAGACACGCCCACUUUUGAGAAAGGGCCAAGAUUUCAGAAUUAUUCUGAUUUACCUAGAGGAGUGAAUGUAGAGUCUGCCGCUGCUGAUGAGUAGGGAUGUUCACCAGUUCCAAGAACAUCAAAGACUGGUCAGACAGAGGAGGGAGUUGGAGGAACAAAAUGCUGCCUCUAACGACAGCAAGACCUGCGCCAUUAUGUGAACGAACUUUUGGGGAUAAUGUUUUAGAAUUUAAAGUAAAACACUUUAAAAAUGUAGCAAUUUAUAAUCAUAGAUUUCUUAGAAUGCAUUUUUGUUGGAUCACCCACUAAAUGACUUUACUCAAUGCUUAUGUGUUGUAAAUUACAAACACACUGAACUUGGGUAAAAAUUGCAACGUUUUUCAUUUAUCUUAUUCAGAUGUUAAAAGAAGUAAUCGAAAAAACCUGUAGUUAGGAUGUGCUAUAUAAUGACCUUAUUUUAAUUAGAUUAAUGAUGGAGGCAUCCUAUUUUUUUUUUUAGUUUUUUUUUAUUAUUUUUUUUUUUUUAUCAAAUUUAGCAUGUGCGUCAAAUCAAAUUAUCAUGGCUGUGUAUCAUGGUAGGUUUUAGCCACUAACGACCACCUGCUCUUAACAUUGGAGAUUAUUUGCAUAAAUUUUAAAACUACAACACUACUCAAUUCACACGUAUUCAUUUUGGGUGUAUGGUGCAGUAUUCAUCUCUAUGUUUGUACUUAAAGAACAUAAUAUCGUGAUCAUAUUUCGCAGUCAUAUUUAUGCUUUCAGUACGAAAUUCGGAGCUUUCUAACGUGCUAACAUUUGUAUACGUUUAUGACUUUUUUUGACAGGUUUAGUAAUCAGUAUAUGUAUAGAUACGUGAUUAGAAUCACAUCAGAAUAAUUCUUAAUAGUACAUGUAUAUAUACACCAGGGAUUGUUUUUUCAUUUAAAUGCAAUGCUAUUAAUAUUGUUAUUUUAAGAAUAUUCUGUGAUAAAUGACCGUGAUAUGUCUCACUUAACAUGCUCUAUGUUUAUUACUUGAAAUAAAGUAAACUUUACUAUA